AUGGCACAAGGUGCUGGCCCACAACAACGUGGCCAGGGCAAGUCGGUCAGAGUCGCCUUUGGUCCACAGGUCGACGAGUAUAUACCGCAGUCAAACAAUGCACCAUCGCCUACUGCACCCGGCCACCAGCGAGCGAGAACAACUGUCGCCGAGCAACUUCAAAGCAAUGGAAGGCAGAAUUCUUCACAAGCUCCCUCCAGUAGUGCAGAUGGAAAUAAAGGGACUGCAUCACCGGCUGUAACAAGGAACCUACGCCCCAUACCCGCUCUUAUCAGGGCGAAGAGCGAACACUUCCCCAAGUUUGGAGUUGAGAACGGGGCGCCCCAUAGCGACGAUGAGGAUUUCCAGCUAAGACACGGCUGGCAUGAGGAAUACACUUCCAGUGAAUAUCUGAAGAUUCUCAACUCCAGUUUUUACAUGUAUUUCACAGAGAAACGGCAUGAAACCAGUGGCAUACCGAGGGACCCAGCUGGGAGCUGGCCAAGCCAAGACUGGCGUAUGAGAGAUCGACUGAAAACUGUGUCUGCUGCGCUGGCCAUCUGUCUAAACAUUGGUGUCGAUCCGCCCGAUGUAGUGAAAACCAACCCCACCUCAAAGCUAGAAUGCUGGGUGGAUCCGACUUCUACCACAGGAGCACAGAACAAGGUGAUGGAACAAAUUGGAAAGAAGUUGCAAGAACAAUAUGAAACUCUGAGCCUUCGUACGCGUUAUAAGCAAUAUUUGGACCCUUCUGUCGAUGAGACGAAAAAAUUCUGCAUCUCUCUUCGUCGCAACGCGAAGGACGAGCGCGUACUUUUUCAUUAUAAUGGACACGGGGUCCCUUUGCCAACCCAAUCAGGGGAGCUCUGGGUAUUCAAUAAGAAUUAUACCCAAUACAUCCCGGUUUCAUUGUACGAUUUGCAGACUUGGCUUGCUGGGCCAAGUUUGUUCGUGUUUGACGUAUCUCAUGCUGGCAAUAUCGUCCAUAACUUCCAAACAUUUGUAGAGAAGCACGAGAAGGAAAAUAUCGAACUUCGCAAACGAGAUCCAAAUGCACUUAUCCAACAUUAUGGCGAUUGUAUUUUACUCGCUGCCUGCGAGAGAACCGAAACCCUUCCAACUAAUCCCAACCUCCCUGCUGAUCUUUUCACCUGCUGCUUAACUACCCCGAUCGAGAUUGCGUUGAGAUAUUUUAUUUUGCAGAAUCCUUUGCACACCAAUAUAUCCAUUGACGAUUUCAGAGUACCUGGGCGUCUCCAAGACAGAAGGAGUCCUCUUGGCGAAUUGAAUUGGAUAUUUACCGCAAUUACAGAUACAAUUGCUUGGAAUACUCUUCCUAGACCUCUUUUCAAGAAACUCUUCCGACAAGACCUCAUGGUUGCAGCCUUGUUUAGAAAUUUCCUUCUCGCCGAACGUAUUAUGAGGGCUCAUGAAUGCCAUCCAAUUUCUUCGCCAAAGCUUCCCGAAACUCACUCCCAUCCUUUGUGGCAGAGCUGGGAUCUUGCCAUUGAGAUGGUCCUUGCUCAGCUCCCGGCCCUCAUUGAACAUGAGGAAGGCAAACGACAUUACGAUUACCAGCAUUCGUCAUUUUUUGCUGAACAACUCACUGCUUUCGAAGUUUAUCUUUCUUCAGGCCCGACGGAGAAGAACCCGCCUGAUCAGCUUCCCAUUGUGUUGCAAGUGUUGUUGAGUCAAGCUCAUCGCCUCCGUGCGUUGAUUCUGCUCAGCAAAUUUCUUGACCUAGGGCCGUGGGCAGUCCAUCUAGCUCUGAGCAUCGGUAUAUUUCCAUAUGUUGUCAAACUUCUACAAAGCACCGCCCAGGAGCUUAAACCCGUCAUGGUAUUUAUCUGGGCUAGGAUCAUCGCUGUUGACCAUACCGUCCAGAAUGACUUGCUCAAGGAUAAUGGAAUUCACUAUUUCAUUACAAUCUUGAGUCCUGCGUCCCCCAUUCCUGUCGGUAACGCUAGUGAGCACCGUGCCAUGUGCGCAUUUAUUGUUGCGAUCUUCUGCAAAUACUACCCUCAGGGACAAAAUGUUUGUCUUGCCCCGGAGCUCUUCGAGGCUUGCCUUACUCAUUUGAUGGAUGUUGAAAACCCUCUCCUACGCCAAUGGUCUUGCCUCUGCUUAAGUAUGCUUUGGCUCGACUUCCCUGAGGCUAAAUGGGUUGGUAUUCGAUGCUCUGCGCCAUCAAGACUCUGUGAACUUACCCUUGACCCCGUUCCAGAGGUACGAGCUGCUAUGCUGCACGCCUUAACUAGUUUCAUUGGAAUCCCUGAGUUGACCGAUCAAGUGGCUCAAAUUGAAGAGUCCCUGGCCCUCACUGUUAUGCCCAUGGGUUCUGAUGGUAGUGUGUUAGUCAGAAAGGAGCUGCUAGUUUUCCUCUCGACUUUUGUAAAGCGAUGUCAGGGCAAAUUCCUCGUCGCUGCAUAUGAACAGCUACUUGAAGAACGGCACAUUUUAUUACAUCAAACAUCCUCCAACAAACAUUCCCAAAUGCCACCGUUCCCAUACGAGAAUGGAGUGUCCUAUAACACAAUAUUUGGCUCGAUCUGGAAACUAGUCCUCAUGCUGUCGGUCGAUCCACACCCUGAAGUUGCUCGAGAUGCGGGCAUCAUUGUCGAUUCUAUUCAUAAAUCCCUACUGGAGUCUCCCAUGAAAACUUUAGCCAAAACUGCCAAAGAUGAGAUUCUGAAACUAUUCUCUCGGGUACACGUUAAUAAACCUCGGCGUGCAGAACAAGCUGAUUUGAACCGGUCACUGCCUGCUCUCCCACCAGCUCAGUCUACAUUAGCACCAAAAACUGAAGGAUAUUUGUCUCUUAGUUUCAGGAGAACGGCCAGCGUAGCUGCAUCCUUGAAAAAUCUGGCUUUUGGCUCCGGGGGUAACAAUGAACGCCCUCAAUCGCCCAUUAAGUCCGCUUCUGUGAAACACCGUGUCCCUAUUACCCCACGCGGUCGGGCACCCGCCGAAUGGACUCGACCUCCCGAAGUUAAUGAUCAGCCAGCUACAUCAGGAUCAUACAGGCAAGCACGUAUCCCCCUAUCCCGUGGCUUUCAGCAAAGAGAUAUUACGAGUAUACCUACCAUUCCCCUGGAAAGCAAGUUUUUGGACUGGUCGACUGAGUACUUUCGCGAGCCCCAAAUGAAACCCAACGAAUCAGAUGAACCCGGAAGCGCAGAUUACAAUGAGCGCCUCUGGCGUCGGAGCCGAAAUGAAAAAAUUAUUACCGAUACUCAGCCUCUCAAAGAAAGGGCAGGCAAUAGCCGAUGGGAUACUUCUGCUGCUCUUCUGAGCAAUCCGACUCAACCAACAAAAAUGUGCUUCCACCAAUUUGAAGAUCACAUUGCGGUAGCUGAUGAUAGAGACACUGUUUGCAACAAAAAUGCUGGCUUGGUUUUCGACUGGCAACAAGGGCAAGGGAAAGCACUUGUCGCGGGUGACGUUAAAGUUAUUCGAGUUUGGAAUGCAGCCACUGAAGUUUGCACUAAUGAUAUAUCUGCGCGUUCGGGUUCUUGUAUAACCUCCUUGACAUCUGACCAGGUCGCUGGGAAUAUUUUCAUCGCCGGAUUUGGCGAUGGCGCCGUACGAGUAUUUGACCAACGCCUGAAGCCUACAACUGCUAUGGUUAAAGUGUGGCGAGAGCAUAAACAGUGGAUCACAAAUAUCCAUAUGCAACGGGGAGGAGUUAGAGAGCUGAUUUCUGGUAGCCGAAAUGGCGAGGUUCGUCUUUGGGACUUGCGAAUGGAUACGUCAAUAGACAUAAUCCACGCCACUAGAGACACCUUGCGAACCCUAGCCGUGCAUGAACACGCACCUGUAUUCACCAUUGGCACCAACCGCCAUGAGGUUAAAACAUUCAAUACCGAUGGCACAUACCUCUCAACAUACGAACCCCAUUUUAGCUUUCUGCACUCUAAUAGAUCCUCUCCCAUUAUGAGCACUGCCUUCCAUCCCCACAGGACACUUCUGGCCUGUGCAGCUCUCAACGAUAACCAUAUCAAUCUUGUUUCAUGUUAA